AUGACGAAGAAGUUCAAAAAAAAAAGAAUUUUCCUCAGAGUUCCUCUCUCCUUCCUCACUCUUCACACAAGUAUUAAAUGCACGGGUACUACUGAUAAAACUGUAUUCUCCCACACUACAAUGCCGUCUCUUCGAGAUAUCUGUCCAGGACUUCCGUUCACUUAUUUGAACAUGUUCAUCACAGUUUUCGCAUUUUUUCACAGUUACGAGCUUUUCGUGAUCAACUUGCUUGUAAUUUUGGACACUCUUUUUUUACUUCCGAAAAGUGAAAAAAUCCGCGAGCAGAACAAGUAUGAACUGAUAAUGUUUGUCUUGGUCCCGUUUAUUUGGUCGCUGUGUAUUCACUCGAUUCUGUCGUUCGGAUCAACAGAUACAAUCCUCUUGAAAAUCGCAUUCGGUUAUAAUUGUAUUGUUCUUGGUAUCUACAGUUUUCUAUCAAUUACUUUGGUCGUCAUUUCCUUUUAG